AUGCACGCAGAAAGGAACAAAAAAAGAGAAUUACUGAGCCGAGUAGUCCUUGGGGCAGUGACAGGGUCAGUGAUUGGCCUAACAGUAGGAAUUAUAUCCAAGGGAAUCAACAGGAACAGUUCUAUAUCACAGAAAGUAACUGAUACCAUGAUAAUAGGAGGAACAUACGCUAUAAUGGACAAUUUAGUAUCUAAGUACAACAUAAACCAAGCUUAUAGACCAAUACUUUCUGGUCUAAUAGCAGGAAGUCUUGGUUCAAGAGGGAGCACUUUUUCUAUUAUAACAACAUCUGUAAUAACAGCCACUGCAGCGUACACAUUAGAAAACACGAAUAUUAUUUAUAACACAAAUAUUGAAUAAUAAUA